GGGAAGAUGGACCCGGCGCCCUCGCUGGGCUGCAGCCUCAAGGAUGUGAAGUGGAGCUCGGUGGCCGUUCCGCUCGACCUGCUGGUCAGCACUUACAGGCUGCCCCAGAUCGCGCGGCUGGACAGCGGAGAAUGCAUAGAAGGGCUGCGGGAAAACGAAUACCUUCUGAUUCACUCGUGCCGUCAGUGGACCACCAUCACUGCCCACAGCCUGGAGGAGGGACACUACGUCAUUGGGCCAAAGAUAGAGAUUCCAGUACAUUAUGCAGGGCAAUUCAAGCUGCUGGAACAAGACCGAGAUAUAAAGGAGCCAGUGCAAUAUUUCAACAGUGUGGAGGAGGUGGCCAAAGCAUUUCCUGAGCGCGUGUACGUCAUGGAGGAAAUAACAUUCAACGUGAAGGUUGCUUCAGGUGAAUGCAAUGAGGACACCGAAGUUUAUAACAUCACCCUCUGUACUGGGGAUGAACUCACUCUCAUGGGGCAGGCAGAAAUCCUGUACGCAAAGACUUUCAAGGAAAAGUCACGACUCAACACAAUCUUCAAAAAGAUCGGGAAGCUCAAUUCCAUCAGCAAGCUGGGAAAAGGCAAAAUGCCAUGCCUGAUCUGCAUGAAUCACCGGACCAAUGAAAGCAUUAGCCUGCCAUUCCAGUGCAAGGGCAGAUUUAGCACCCGGAGUCCCCUGGAACUUCAGAUGCAGGAGGGCGAACACACCAUCCGCAACAUUGUGGAGAAAACCAGGCUCCCCGUGAACGUGACUGUGCCCAGCCCUCCACCCAGGAACCCGUACGACCUCCACUUCAUCCGCGAGGGGCAUCGCUACAAGUUUGUGAACAUCCAGACCAAGACGGUGGUGGUUUGCUGUGUGCUGCGGAACAACAAGAUCCUCCCCAUGCACUUCCCUUUGCACUUGACGGUCCCCAAGUUUAGCCUCCCAGAACACUUGGUAAAGGGAGACGUGUGGCCCGAGACCCUGGUCCAUCACUGGCUGGGUAUCUGCCAAGAACAGUUCGACAUCGACGAGUAUUCCCGGGCUGUCCGAGAUGUGAAAACUGACUGGAAUGAGGACUGCAAGAGCCCCAAGAAGGGCAGGUGCUCUGGCCACAACCACGUGCCCAAUUCUCUUAGCUAUGCCCGCGAUGAGCUCACCCAGUCCUUCCACCGGCUCUCCGUCUGUGUGUAUGGCAACAACCUCCAUGGCAACAGUGAGGUGAACCUCCAUGGCUGCAGGGACCUGGGGGGCGAGUGGGCCCCCUUUCCUCAUGACAUCCUGCCCUAUCAGGACCUGGGUGACAGUGGGAGCGACUACCUUUUCCCAGAAGCCGGUGAAGAAUCGGCAGGCAUCCCGGGGAAGUCCGAGCUUCCUUAUGAAGAGCUCUGGCUGGAGGACGGCAAGCCCAGCCAUCAGCCUCUCACGCGUUCCCUGAGCGAGAAGAGCCGAUGCGAUCAGUCUAGAGGGUCUGUCCGGUCCAAAUGUGCGACUUCUCCUCUUCCUGUGCCCGGAACUCUGGGAGUAGCCAUGAAGUCUUCAGAGAUUGCCCUACCUCCACCUCCAGUGCCUCCCAAAUCUGAAGCCGUCAGGGAAGAGUGCCGGCUCCUGAACGCCCCUCCUGUUCCACCCCGAAGCGCAAAGCCUUUGUCCACAAGCCCCUCGGUCCCUCCUCGUACGGCCAAGCCAGCGCGGCAGCAGACUCGCUCUCCCAGCCCCACCCUGUCCUACUAUUCGUCAGGGCUGCACGACAUCAGCGUUCCUAAAAGCGACACAAGUCCUUCCGAAAGUGCGCCUGUGUCCUGCUACCCCUGCAACCGCAUGAAAACUGAUUCUGUGGACCUCAAGUCCCCGAUGGGAAGUCCCUCUGCUGACACACUCUCCUCCAGGCUCUCAUGGCCCAACCAUUAUUCGGGAGCGUCGGAGAGCCAGACCAGGAGCGACUUCCUGCUGGGUCCCAGCAGGAGCUACAGUUACCCCAGACAGAAGAUGCCAGGCACACCAAAGAGAAACUGCCCAGCACCCUUUGAUUUGGACGACCACGAGCUUUCGGCCAGUCCCCCUGGCUCCGUCACUUCAGAAUUCAGCGGCAGCGUCUCUGCCUGCCCCAAGUCGGCCAGCUACUCUGUGGAGAGCACAGAUGAGAAAACUCUGGCUGCUGACACAACCAAGCAGAGUAUUUCAUGCCCUGCCUUACCCCCCAGGGCUCCAAAACCAGUGGAAGAGAAAGCUGCCUCGGACACUUCUCCUUUGCCUCUGAAAAUUGAUGGUGCUGAGGAAGACCCCGAGUCUGGGUCACCGGACCUCUCUGAAGACCAGUACUUUGUUAAAAAGGGCAUGCAGGACAUCUUCUCCGUCACCUACCCUUUCUCAUCUCCGCUCCACCUCCAGCUGGCCCCCAGGUCCUGCGGUGAUGGCUCCCCGUGGCAGCCGCCCGCUGACCUGUCAGGACUCUCUAUAGAAGAAGUGUCCAAGUCGUUACGGUUUAUUGGUUUGUCUGAAGAUGUCAUAUCAUUCUUCGUUACUGAAAAGAUCGAUGGGAAUUUGCUCGUUCAGCUGACGGAAGAAAUCCUCUCCGAGGAUUUCAAAUUGAGCAAACUGCAGGUGAAGAAAAUAAUGCAAUUCAUUAAUGGCUGGAGGCCCAAAAUAUAGCCAAAUAACCCCAGCUAGCAUUGAACAAAAUGGACAAAUGUGUGUGCCAGAAGGGGUGGGCUGGGACACAAUUCCAUGUUUUUUGCACUAAAAACCUUCUCUGUAAAUAGGGAUAAGAGAAACUCUUACUAUGCAGAUUACGUUUUUGAAUGGUGAACAGGCUAUUUUGUACAUCAAUAAAAAUGCCGUACAGAACACUUAGAGGUGUGCCUUGUACAUCACUCAGCAGCUGCUCAAAGACAAAAGGCAUGUUCAGAGAAUUAAUUCUCACCCAAGUAGGUUUAUGCGAGAAGGUAUGAUAUUUAUUACAAAAUAGCCAAAGCUGAAAACCGUAAGAAUCAAAAAAACAAAAAAACAAAAAAAAAAACAAAAAAAGAACUUAAAAAAAAAAACACUUUUUGAACAACAGUUCUCUCCUUUGGGGGAAUCGACUUUAGACAAUUA